UAUCCAGCUAUUGAAGGGAGAUGUUGACAAGCUGGAAAGCGUCCAGAGGAGGGCGACUAAAAUGAUUAAGGGUCUGGAGAACAAGCCCUAUGAGGAGCGGCUUAAAGAGCUGGGCAUGUUUAGCCUGCAGAAGAGAAGGCUGAGAGGAGACAUGAUAGCCAUGGACAAAUACGUGAAGGGAAGUCAUAGGGAGGAGGGAGCAAGCUUGUUUUCUGCUGCCCUGCAGACUAGGACGCGGAACAAUGGCUUCAAACUACAGGAAAGGAGAUUCCACCUGAACAUCAGGAAGAACCUCCUCACUGUGAGAAGGGCUGUUCACCAGUGGAACUCUCUCCCCCGGGCCGUGGUGGAGGCUCCUUCCUUGGAGGCUUUUAAGCAGAGGCUGGAUGGCCAUCUGUCGGGGGUGCUUUGAAUGCGAUUUCCUGCUUCUUAACAGGGGGUUGGACUGGAUAGCCCAUGAGGUCUCUUCCAACUCUACUAUUCUAUUUAGAGCAGGUGUUGGGGAUCUAUUGAGUGGUUAGACUCAAAAUAACUCUCUUCUGGGGUGAUUCCUCAAAAAUACAGCAGAGUGGCAGAACCACGUUUCAUAAGCAGCAGAAACUUACUUGUGGUGAGCUUGGAGAGGCCUUUGUUCCUCAGGAUGGAUAUAAUGUCAAGGACAGAAUGCCACAAGAUAAGAUAUAACAAAGUUUAUUGGAGUUACAGAACCAAAAAUGCCCGUAAAAGACAAGGGCUAGGCAAACAUUGGCCUUAAAAGUAAAAAGACACAAGGAAAACGUUCAAAAGAUAAACCGGAUUAAACCGGAGUUUAAUCCGGGUUAAACCAAAAAAGCUUACUUCAGCCUGGGACUAAAACAAACAAAAGCUGGUGAACAAAAGGUUCAAAGGAAUACAAAAAACUGGCAGCAGAUGCUUCUCUGCUGCCAAAAGCUAUGUUUGAGUAACUAAGAGGUUACUCCUCCACACAGCAAGCAAUUUCCAGAUACAAACGCAGCAUUCAAGGGCAGAAGCGGUCAGCGAAGUUCCAAUCCGGUCCGAAGGUCGUAAGGCAGGUACAGACGUUUGUAGUUCACCAGGUCCAACGAUAAUCACAGGAAGGAGAGUCCGAGGCCGUAGUCAGUCAGUCAGUCAGUCAGUCCAGAAUAAACAGAUGGCGUCCGUCAAGAAGACGACGGAGGUCCAAGCUAUUAAGAUUAAGCACAGGUUGCACAACAAAAGCCCACACAGUUCCUCCCGCCGUCUAUGCCCAGUGUCCUUGGUAACUUACGUAGUCAGCAAACGAAUCACACCCGUCUUCAGGAAUUUCCCACACAGAGCCCAAGCGUUCGUCCAGAUUACCUUGCCCAACGCAAUUAGCCAUUGCUUCCAAACCCCAUUUUAUGCCAGUUUACAGCUCCUCAUCACUAUCAGCUGUUACCCUAAUUCCAGGCGUUUCCUCAUCACUUUCCUCAUCAGAGCUGAAACACCUUUGACUACGCCCCACAGCAUCCCCAGCUGUGGAUCCCGUCCCAUCCCUCCAGCUUGUCCACGGGUCUAAUCCUGAAGGUCCCCAAUCGCCUUCCAUACUAUCAUUGCCAGUGGCACCCAAAUCCUCCCUCACACGAGUCCAUUCCAUGUCAUCCUCCUCUGAGCUAACCAUCUCUUCCUCCAUUCUCUCAGUAAAACCCUCAAAGGAAUCCUCGUCAGAUGGUUCUGCAAAUAAGUCCCGCAGCCGCUUCCUUUCUCGCUCCUCGAGAGUAUCUGACUCCCGAGGAGUCUUACGACCACGUCUCCCAGUAUCGGAGCCAUAAGGCUCAACCAUAACAUAUAAAGAUAUAAUGAAGUUUAUUUGGCAAAAGAAAAGAAAAGAAAAGAAACAGAAACCCAGAAUUAAAGUAAAAUACAUGAUUGAUGAAAGAAAGAGGGGAGGUCUAGCUACACCUGAUUUAAAACUAUACUUUGAGGCGGCAGCACUAUUGUGGGCCAAAGAUUGGGCAAAACUUGAAAAUAGCAAAACUUUUGAAUCUGAAGGGAAUAGACCUGAGAUUAGGGUGGCACUCUUAUCUCUGGUAUGAAAAAAAAAAAGAUAGAAAAUAAUUUCGUUUUAUAAGGUCCUCAAUUCUUAAAAUAUGGGAGAAAUAUAAAAAAAGUUAUAUGAAAAAUCACCAUUAUGGAUAUCACCAUUAGAGGCCUCCCAAAGAAGAAGAAUAGGGUGGGGAAAUUGGCUUAAAUAUAAUGAUCUAUUAAUAAUAAAAAAAUGGGAAUUGGGCAUUAAAAACACAACAGGAAAUGAACAAAUUAGAUAAAAUAUAUUUCCUGGUUUCAAUAUUAUCGCAUAAGGACAGAUAGAUCAUAAUCAGGCUCGGGAGGGAGAAUCUUAUGGCAUCUAUAAAGCAAGAUUUGGGCCCAUCUUAAAGUUGAAGUUAUGUGUUUGUGUGUUAUAAAGACAGGCAGAUUCAAGGGGAUUGUUGUGGUCGCUUUUUGGGGGAUAAAUUGAUUUUGUCUCAACUUUUUAAAAUCCCCAAAAAUCUGUAGAUGUGCAAAUCUUUCUGAAACUUCUGGAGAUUGAUGCCCUGGCUAUCUUGUGCAUUGUAUAUAAAAUUCAAGUAGUUAGCUUUUGUAGUUUUUUCCCCCCAAAAAGUUUGUAAAAAAAUUCAAAAUUUUCCGCAAUAUUUUUUUUAAAAAAAUUCAGAAUUUCCCCUAAAAUUAGUUGAUGAGUGUAACGUCCUGAAACUUGGUGGGCUAAGAGUGGAAAAUGUGUGGUACCAUUGUAGCAAGUUUCAUCAUGAUCACUCUAAAAAUGAGGGAGAAAGGAGCUCCUGAAGUUUCCCCACUUGCUCAAUUGCUAUAACGAAAAGUAACAAAAUUGAAAUGAAAUGCCAGCUUCCCCAGUUUUAUAAUGAUUUUGAAACAUAUUUUAAUUGAUCACACAUCCCUAGUAGCUGUUGCUGAUGCCUCUCCCAUUGGAGCUGAAGAUACCUAGAACCUGAACCUGAGAACUUCAGCACAUGAUGCAGGUACGCAGUUUGAUUGAAAUGGGGUCUCUAGUAGUGUUGUGCAUUCAUGUGGAAUUGCUGCCCACUUUGUGUAGUUUCUUUCAUGUCAUCUCAUUAUUGUAUUCGUAUCCCGCUAACGAAAAAGGGCCCCUAUACAACACACAUUUUUGUCUGGCUUUCAUUUUCAUGUCGCCUCUCAUUUCCUACAAAAAUCUCAUCAUUCGUUUUGUGUAGACUUGGUUAUGGGGCCAGGCUUUUGAAUAAUAAUUGGCAGCGUUAAUUAUUAUCAUGUACGCUGGAACUCAAUCGACAGACCCAGUUUUAUGAACUGAACAUGCCUACCUGUAUUUUAUAAUGUGUUUUAUGAAUACUGAUGUAAGUUAAUAAUAAUUUUAACUGAUUUAUAUUGCACUGUAUAUUUUUUAUAUAUGCAUUUUAUUGUAAGCUGCCUUGAGUCCCCUGUUGGGUGAGAAGGGCGGGAUAUAAAUAUUGUAAUAAAUAAAUAAUAAAUAAAUAAAUAGACGAACGGUCGAAACAAAACGAUAGCACGAAGGAAAUGAAGCAAAAAAAUUCGUGCACAUCUCUAGUCUCUAGGUCCUCCAAAAUGGACUCUAUGCUGGAGAACCUAGAUAUUUCUAGGGAGAACCUCUCUCUAGGAAUCUUUAGGUCCUCCAAUGGGAUUCUGUUGUCGAUUUCCAGAAGACGUUCACCAUAGUCUUGCUGAAAGUCCUAGAAAUUCCUAAGGAGGUGAUCUCUUGGGUUAAAAAAAACUAGCAAUUUCUGUAAUUACAAUUUUCACCUUCUUGGGGUCCCUAUGCCCCUAAUCCAAGCGAGAGAAAGCUCUUCCCGUUUCUCUCUGACAUUGUGGAUCUCGCCUCCACAUCAGAGCUGAGAGUUUCGUUGCUACAGUCUCCUGGUCACGCCCUCAAUGGCAUCGACAUUCACCACUGUAUUUGGAUUUGUUGCAACAUCCCGGUUUUCCCUAUACUCCUGCCUUUAAAAGGAAAGGGAUGAGAAAGCCACCGCUCUUAGGAAGAGCAGGAACCUGGUCUUAGACAAAGCAGACGAGAUACUUCAUUUCUUCCAAGUUGUUCUUGAGCGCUUUGGGCUGGACAUCAAUACGAAGAAGAUGGUCAAGGCGGAGAUUCUUCUGUUCGUGUUGUGUGUGUUGUCAGAAGCCAUGGCGUGUUUCCAACUCAUUACUCCAUCCAAGUGGGGAGCCAAGCCGGCCAACUGUUCUGCACCUUUGCAUGACAUUCUCCCAGAAUACGUUGUCAUCAGCCAUACUGCAGGCACAACCUGCACCAGCCGUGAAGAAUGCAGCCAGGAGACCAGGAAUGCUCAGGACUAUCACCAGCGCAUCAAACGAUGGUGUGACAUUGCUUACAACUUCCUGAUUGGUGAGGAUGGUUAUGUGUAUGAAGGACGUGGAUGGCGCAGCGAAGGUGCCCACACCUAUGGCUACAAUGACAUCUCCCUUGGCAUUGCUUUCAUAGGGACCUUCACAGACAAGCUUCCCAACCAAGAGGCAUGGAAAUCCCUAAAAUGUCUGCUUGACUUUUCUGUGAAGAUUGGAUACUUGUCAGAAGACUACCUCAUCAUGGCCCACAGCGACGUCAGCAAUAUUGCAUCACCAGGAGAGCCCAUCCGUGCUGAAAUUUCCAAGUGGCCGAAUUACAAGCACAACUAAAGACUCCCUUCUAGCCAGUCGUUUCCCUUUUUUUGGAGACUCUAUCAUGGAGACUUGUUCUGGGAGUUUUAGGUUGGUGAGGUCUCUGCACUCUCUGGUCGAGAUGGCUAGAUACCUUGCAAAAUUAAAGUGGCAAUACUUCC